UUGUCUGUCAAUAAUUUCAAGUUGGCGCCAACAAUUCCUCGCCACAUAACAGAAAAAAGAGAAGAAUCAUCCACUGACUACAAUCAGAAUUGAAUUGAAUGGCUCUGAAGCUUGUAAAUCUAGGGUUUCACCCAUUCACACUCACACCACCAUGUUCUUCUUCAAAACCUCGUCAAUGUAGCUUCGUGUUUCGGUGUUCUCAAGUUGAGCAAAUAUCAAUUGCAGAAUCUGAGUACUCACUCAUCGAAGCCAUUCUUGGCACCCAAGGACGUGGACGCUCUUCUUCUCCCAACCAGCUAAAUGCUAUUGAGCGUGCUAUUCAAGUCCUGGAACGCUUAGGGGGUGUGCCUGAUCCGACAAAUUCAAAUUUAAUUGAGGGUCGCUGGCAGCUAGUUUUCACUACAAGACCCGGAACAGCGUCACCGAUUCAGAGAACCUUUGUUGGUGUUGACUUUUUUAGUGUAUUUCAAGAGAUUUCUCUUCGAACAAAUGAUCCACGAGUAGGCAAUAUUGUGUCAUUUUCUGAUGCCAUUGGUGAGCUCAAAGUGGAGGCAGCGGCGUCAAUUGAAGAUGGAAAAAGGAUCCUUUUUAGGUUUGACAGAGCUGCCUUUUCUUUCAAAUUUCUUCCAUUUAAAGUUCCAUAUCCAGUUCCAUUUAAGCUACUUGGCGAUGAAGCAAAGGGUUGGUUAGACACAACAUAUUUGUCGCAUUCCGGAAACCUUCGUAUCUCAAAAGGAAAUAAGGGAACCACAUUUGUGUUGCAGAAGCAAACUGAACCAAGGCAGAGGCUAUUAACAGCAAUUUCCUCGGGGAAGGGUGUUAAAGAGGCAAUAGAUGAACUCAUUUCCCUCAAAAAGAAUACUGGUGAAGAACCAGAACUAGAAGAGGGCGAGUGGCAGAUGAUAUGGAAUUCGCAGAGUGUGACAGAUAGUUGGUUAGAGAACGCUGCCAAUGGUCUAAUGGGCAAGCAGAUUAUUGGGAAGAAUGGACAAAUAAAGUUUCUGGUUGAUAUCUUGCUUGGACUGAAGUUCUCCAUGACUGGAAAUUUUGUAAAAAUCGGCUCAAAAAUGUACGAGGUCACCAUGGAUGAUGCAGCUAUAAUUGGUGGCGCAUUUGGACUACCCCUAAACAUGGAAAACAAGUUCGUCUUGGAGCUUCUGUUCAGUGACAAAAAGGUGAGAAUUAGCCGGGGAUACAAUGAAGUUCUUUUCGUACAUAUUCGCUCGGAUUCAUUGAGAUGAACUACUAAUUUAUACUGGUUCUGUAUUUAACCAUCUCCUACAACUACACUUCAUUGCAAACUAAGAGACUUUAUUAUUGUUCUGGUGGUCGCCGUGACGGAGUUGGUGCUGCUUCUCCUCCUCAAGGGGAAUAUUUGAAUAUUUAUUCUAAUACUACAAUUAAGCAAGGACACUAUAUGUUAUCAACAAAUAUAGUUGCCAUAUAAUACGAUUUCUCUCUUCGUUUGGAUCUUUAACAUAUUUCAUUCUAUUAAAUUAAGUGAGCUUUGAAGUGUACAUUAUAA